AAUUUUUUAGUUUUUAUUUGCUUGUAUUACAAAAAACUUAAGGACAAAAAAAUUUUUUUCUUAUUCAAGUAUUUUAACAGUGGUUUUCUUAGAGUACGUUGCAACUAUUUCGCAAUUUAUUGUUUUUCUUACUCUGUGUCGAAAAAUACAAAUACUUAGACGCUUCAGGCGUAUAAUUCCAUAUUUUGGCUGUGAUUGACCGGUAGAGAAUCCGUAAAUAUGGGAGUACCAAAAUUUUUCCGCUACAUCAGCGAACGUUAUCCAUGCCUGAGUGAAUUGGCAAGAGAGCAAAGUAUUCCGGAUUUCGACAAUCUUUAUCUUGACAUGAACGGAAUUAUACACACAUGCUCACACCCCGAUGAUAGCAACUUUCACUUUACCAUAACUGAAGAAAACAUGUUUAAGGAUAUUUUCAAUUAUAUUGAUAAGUUAUUCUUUUUGAUUAAACCACAAAAGUUGUUUUUUAUGGCUGUGGACGGCGUAGCACCCCGAGCUAAAAUGAAUCAGCAGCGCAGCAGGCGUUUUCGCUCUGCCAAAGAUGCUGAAAUAUUGGAAGCGAAAGCAAAAAGUCGGGGUGAGGUGCGUGAAACUGAACGUUUCGAUAGUAACUGCAUUACGCCGGGUACAGAAUUUAUGACACGCCUGCAUGAGGCACUACGCUAUUUUAUUAAAAAUAAAAUCAGCUCAGAUCCAUUAUGGCAAAAGUGUAGGGUCAUUCUGAGUGGACACGACGCACCAGGAGAAGGUGAACACAAAAUAAUGGACUACAUACGUUACCUCAAAUCACAAAAAGACUAUGACCCGAAUACGCGGCACUGCCUCUAUGGCUUAGAUGCAGAUUUAAUUAUACUGGGACAAUGUACACAUGAGUUACAUUUCGUAGUUUUGCGGGAAGAAGUAAAAUUCGGAAAAAAGUCUAAGCAAACAUCUGUUGAAGAGACACGCUUCUUUCUACUACAUUUGGGAUUGUUGCGGGAAUACCUCGAAAUGGAGUUUGACGAAUUGAAAAAAGUUGAUGACAAAUUUAACAUAUCUGAUCUUAUCGAUGACUGGGUUCUUAUGGGCUUCCUUGUCGGUAAUGAUUUUAUACCGCAUUUGCCAUGUAUGCACAUCUCCUCGAAUGCUCUACCAUUGUUAUAUAAAACUUAUAUAGAAGUUUACCCAAAACUUGGAGGCAACAUAAAUGUACAGGGGAAACUAAAUUUGGAACGGUUGGAAAAAUAUUUUGCUGCGCUUGCUGAUGUAGAAUUUCAAAUAUUUCAAGAAAACCAUGCAGAUCUAAAAUAUUUUGAAGCUAAACAGUCGAAAAAUGGUAUUGAUGAAGCAUUCGAUUUUGAUAUAGCUGAAAUCACGCCUGAUAAUCAAGAUGCAGAACUGGCAGAUUUAAUAGAAAAUAGUAGACAGUUUUUAGAAGAUGACGAUGAAGACUAUUCCGAUGAGGAUCAACAUAUAGUCGAUGAAUUUGAGACAUACAAGCGCAAUUACUACAUGAAUAAGUUGAAUCAAAACGAUAUGAAUUACGAAUCAAAACGAGAACAGGCUAUUUGUUACAUAACUGCAUUACAAUGGAUUUUGGAUUACUACUAUAGAGGUGUACAGUCAUGGGAUUGGUAUUAUCCCCAUCAUUAUGCACCUUUUAUUAGUGACCUAAAAAAUUUUAGUGAUUAUAAAAUUGAAUUCAACUUGGGUAAACCGUUCCUACCUUUCGAGCAGCUCUUGGCAGUUUUGCCAGCCGGAAGCAGAGACUUAUUGCCUGCUGCAUAUCGUGAGCUGAUGACCAGUGACACGAGUGAGCUACUCGAAUUCUAUCCACAAGACUUUGAAACCGAUUUGAAUGGUAAGAAACACGAAUGGGAAGCAGUUGUUCUAAUACCAUUUAUAGAUGAGAAACGUUUAUUGGACGCAAUGAAAGCAUGUGAAAAGGAUCUUAUGCCAGAUGAAAUUAAACGAAAUCGACACGGUCCCAUGCUGCAAUAUGACUAUAAUCCGGAAUCACAAGGCAGCGUGCCAGGCAUUUUCUCAUUGAAAGCUUUAUAUAGCGUUUUCUGUACCGAAAAGAAGAUUUGGUCUAAAGAAAUUUCCAUUCCGUCCAAUAAGACCGUUUGUGUAGAGCUGGCCAAUGCUGCACGUACAGUCUUCUUUCCUGGCUUUCCGACAAUGAAACACUUAAAAUAUGAUUUUGAAAUUAAGUUUGCGCGAGUGCGUGUUUUCGAGCAACCAAGUCGAAACGAGACUCUAAUUCUGAAACCACAAUCCCGUAAAGGAUUCGAUGAUCUUUUUAGCGUUGCUGGGAAGUUUUUAAAUCAAAUUGUUUAUACAGGCUGGCCACAUUUAAUCAAGGCCAAAGUUGUUGGCAUAUCGGAUAAAGAAAAAUAUAUUGACGCGAAUGGCAUAAAAGACAUGGAGCCUAAAAUGUAUCAAUUGCAUGUGAAAGCGGCACAAGAGCAUCUUAACACACGCAUGGGCAUUGAUUUUGAUGAUUAUACGGUUUUGGUCCAUGUACGUACACACAUAGGCACCUCCUAUAGUUGUGGCAAUCAAGGCAAAAUUAUUGUUAAUGAUGCGUGGGGACAGUCAGUGACGGCUUAUCCUGCACAGGGCGUGGUUUCUGAAAUCGCGGUGCAGAAGUAUUUUGUGGCGCAACCAAAAAAAGUGGAAAAUCUUUUUCCUACCGACAGCACUGUAUUUUUCUUGGGCAGCCCAUACUUUGGUAGUGAGGGCACUGUACUCAAUCCAAUGCUGGUGUACGAAUGUGGUCGUUUGAAAGUCAAUAUAACUGUACUGCCGGAACCAGAUUUUUCCGCAGUACGUUUGCUGCAAAAUCGUUUGGAGCGCGAUUAUGUGAACUCUUUCCAAGCGGCAGCAGCAGUUGGCAUACAAAUGAAAUGCCUCGGACGUGUGACUGGCACGGUUCUUGUGAUAGCUGGCCCUAGGCGGAAAGAGCUGCCGGAGAAUGUUUCAAAAGUUAAUAUUGGCCUACAAUUUAAAUUUCCUAAACAGCAAGAAGAACGCGCUGGUUAUUGUCGUCGCAUACAAAAUCAAUGGUAUUAUUCAACCAAAGCGAUUGCGCUUAUACAAGCAUAUUAUGCACAAUAUCCAAUGGUAUUUGAUUAUCUUACUCGUUCAUCGGAACGCAACGAAUUUUGUUUUGAAGGUGACAUAUUUCCCAAUGAAGUUGAAGAACAUAAGUUGAAUGAAGUUACUGCUUGGCUAAAGGCUCAGGAGCAUGUUAAGGCUGAUAAACGAAUGUGUGGUUCACAAACUAUGGAGAAAGAGGCCGUUGAGGGUGUACUUGAAGCUAUCGAAAAACUAAAGACUCUACCUGUCAAGACUGUGAAGUUGCAAGUUAAGCCUCAUCUGCUGCUUAAGCCCGACGUCACGCUGCCAAAUAUGUACACACCAAAGCGACUUGUGAGACUGUUCGAUCGCGUUGUGGUGGUGAAAACAGCAUAUAUGGUUCCACUCGGCGCAAAGGGUACAGUUAUUGGCAUAUAUCCUGUAACCGAUCCGAAUCCGGUACGUUUAGAGUGUGUUAAGUCCGUUGAAAUUUUCUUUGAGGUACUCUUUGAUAAGCAUUUGCCAAGUGGAAAUGAUGUGUACGGCAUUGCACAGCAGCGAGUUUACAGAGUGUCGGAGUCUUCCUUGCUGCUUAUUUACGCGCAUGAUAAUAAGCAAAAUGAUUCGCAAGAUGCGAAUCUAAAUCAAUACAGCAACGAAAAGUUUUCACAAAAUAACAACAAUGGCUUUGCACAGCGCGAUAUACAGCAACAAGAAAACCAACUCAAUAACUUCAAUGGUCCAAGCAGCAGUAAUAAUGCAAAAGUAACUAUUCUACAACAACAAAAUAAACAAACGCCCCUAGCACCUCCUGCAUCUUCUCUGCCAACGCCAUCCAUAUCGGCAACGACAACAACCACGCCAAAUAAAUAUCAGAGCAGUGGCAGUAUAAGUACGCACGAUGAUUUCUGGAUGCCCGCCGCUGAAACCAAAGUCAAACAUACUUCGAUGACGAACGAAUUGUCACUGCCUAUUGCUAAAGCCAAUAGCGUAGAGAAACACAACAAUAAAACGCAGCGUAAAUUAUUCGAUGCAAUAACAAAACCGAAUCCUGCUACAUCGUUUACACCAGUUAAAUUGGAAGAGCACGAAAGGUCUCUACUACAACAAUCGCCUGUCGGCAGUACAGGCAUAAUCCCAUCACCCAACUCAGCAACAACAACAACAACAAAGUCCGGUAUUGGUGGUGCUACAAAUGAAUGUCAAGCUGAAACGCAAGCACUAAAGAGUCUACUUGGACUCGGCAUGAACGCUGCAGCUAUGCAACAACAGGGAACGACAAGCCCCGGCCAGCAGCCGACAAAGAAGCAACUACCUCAGCCGCCGGCUGGUUGGCGCAGUGAUGCCAAACAGGCACAACAACAACCGGUGAAUAAUCGUCAGCAUUAUCCAGUUGCAAAUAGGCCUGUGCAACCGAUGCCGAUGCCAAUGCCAAUGCCGUUGCAACCACUUCAGCAACAACAACAACCAUCACAAUCAACAGCACUCCUGCAUUACGGCGGCGCUAUGAAUAUGUUGCAACAUCAGCCAAUGCCAGCACCGCCUCCACCAGUACAUUACAAUAAUAUGGGCGCUUUCUAUCCACCCAGACCACCACACCUAAUGCGUCCAAUGCAGCCACCAACAUCACAAACGCCACCUUUUCAGUUGACUCAUUUUGCUAGCGAUAUGUCGCGCAAUACGGCCAACGACCACAUAAGUCAGAAAAGUGCGUUCAUUCCGUUGCAGGUGAUGCGUGGCAACGCACAGCAACUGUCUCAGCAGCAAUGUCAGUCAUCACCAUACAUAGAACGUCCAAGAGCACUCAAUGCUGCAACUGUAACAGCAAUAAGUACAACAACGACGCCUAACGUAGAGUACCUGCAAAGAAAUCUCAACAAUUUACAAAUAAAAUCAGAAGCAUCGAAUACCAAUCUGCCACAAAAUGAAGAGCUGCUGCAAGUGGCAGCUAAUGAGAAUACAGUUGCUGAUAUGACAAAUGUUGACGCAGAUAUAAAAAAUGAUCCACGACCGAAGCGUUCGCCACGCGUGCCGAAGAUUGGUGCGAGAUUUGACCAUGCUCAGUGAGCAAUUGCGAAUUAAGCAUUGAAAUAGAUUUGUUUAAGCUAAAUUACGCAACUACUGUUUAUUAAGUUGACAAAAACAGCAAAUAGAAUAUUGUAAAAAUUGCAGAACAAAUGAUAUAUGAUGUACGUAUGUGUGUAGUAAAUGUAGAGCUCGAUUUUAAACACAUGCAAAACGCACAUAAUAUUUUGGUUUUUGAAUUCUCAACGCAUUAUUUAAUUACUAUAACUGUUGGUGAAAAUUAUGAGUAUUUUUUCGAUUAAUCUCUGACUAUUGUACGUAAGCAAUAGCUUUUAUUAUCUAAAAAAGUUUUAAGGCACACUUUUAUACACAUAUAUAUAUGUGUUUAUACUUAAUAGAAGCAUAUAUUUAUAACUGACAACUCUUCUUUCUUCUUUUAAAAUCAAGUUAUAUGCAUAAUUUGUAUUAUCACUAAAUCUAGCGCCACUUAAGUUGAAUCCAAAUUUGUUUAAGUAAGCCUAUUCUUCGAUACAUGUAAUACUUAAAUAGUGUAUAUUCAUGCCCAAACGCAAAUUUUGUAAACAAAAAAAAAAUAA